AUGGUUGCCUCGUGGUUUAGCUCCGUUACACUCUGCUGCGGCGCUGAGGACAAGGAGGAGGAUCGCCCGAGCACCGCAGAAAGGAAGAUCGUCGUGCUACGAGAUCAACCUGCUCCCAUUCAAGCACCAACAGCAGGGCCACAGUGGCCCAGCGAGAAGACAUACGAAAGGACGUUGGAGAGGGAAAGGGACCAUAGCCGCGGGCGCAGGUACAGCCGGGAUAAUGCUUCCAUGAGAAACUGGUUUUCGAAGCCCGCAUCAUCAUCAACUUCAUCAUCGACUCGCCGGCUCCAAAUUUCGGGCCCAACAAACUUUCGACAUCUAACUGCCGAGUCGUUCCAAUAUCCGACACCAACACCACCGCCAGCUCCUCGUCAGCGGGUUCGUUCAUUUCGGCCACUCGAGCUCAGUAUCUACGCACCAAAGAACCGACUUACGCCCAUCCUACCUCACCUUGAGCGUGGAGAGAAUUUCAUCACACCACCGCCGCGUGCUCACACGGCCAAUAGCUCACGGUGGGAUGCCAGUAGCACAACGACAGUUGGUGCCCCAGAACGGAGUUACUCAGUCAUGUCUUUUCACAUUCCGCGGAAGCACGUUCGUCAAAGCUCUGCCGGAUCCGAUGUGUCUACCGUCAUGACAGCGCCGAGAAUCCCGCCCAAGUCCAGAGCUCGUGCUUCCACGGCCCCCAAUACCGAGAGAAUCGUGGCGCGCAUCGCCAGCGCCCUGGUAGAGAAGGAGCGGCUGCAGGCGGAGAUCAACUCGGUUGUUGAGAGACAGAGUAUUUACCUGGGCAGCAGGCCAUCAACGGCUAUCGAUCCGAAGGACUUGUAUCCGCUUCCUUCCAUUCCUGCGAUGCCCGCUGCUGCUCCAUCAUUUGCCGAGAGACUGAGCACCGAUCGGCCUAGCACCGCGCCUGCAAACACCGGCCCCAACCUUUAUACACAGAGAAAAACCAUGGAGUUGGCCCAAGCGGCCUUUAACUCCCACCCACCACAUACCCCUUAUAGCCCCUCCCGUUACGAUGAUGAGGAGGUUACCGACAACAACAACAACAACAACAACAACAACCAAACUGACUACAGCUAUCUCGACCGACCUCUGGCGCCACCCCUUCCUCUUAUUCUCCGCCCUCCCCUUCGCAAGAAGAAGUCCUUCUCCCGCGUUUCUAGCUGGCUAUUCAACCCGGACGAGCAGCACAACUUCCAAAAGCCCGCGACCAGAGAAGGAAGCAUCGAUGAGUCAACCCUGGUCACCACCAGUCCCCGCCCCAUCAAGGAGACGGAUGGUUUCUACCAGUGCGUCGCCCCGCCCGAGGGCCUGCCGCGAACAAGCAUGGAGACUUCCAGCUCAGUCUACACAUACGAGACGACUUCCGAGGAAGAAGAUACCAAGACUGCCCCCACCACAAACUGGUCACCUGGCUCCAGCCCGAGGGUGAAGCAGACACAGACGCCAAAGCAGACACCCCCGCUCAGUCAACGGGUGAGGUUUGCGGUGGAGGACAUUGAGGAGAAGGAAGCCAAGUCGAGGACAUUCCAACCUAGCCCACCACCCCCGAAGAUGAAGAUGGAGAAGGGAAUUGCGCCUGCGGUUGGGCUGGGGGUUCCGAUGGGGAUGGAGGGACACAGGCCGUUGAGUGUGGGUGUUGCGUUCUGA